UUGUCGCUCUCGGAAAUUUCAACACCUUCAGACAGCAGACUUAUAUAGUAUACCCACUCUACUAGAUCGAAACAAUACAAAUGGCAAACUUAGGCCGUUACAAAGAAAGAAACCCCGAAAUGAGGGCGGCGGGAGUACCAUCGUCCUUGGACACUUACGGCACCAAGGAUCUCCUCUUGGUCGUACACGUGGAGGAGGAGGCGGAGAACCGUAUAAGGGCACUUUGUCGGCAGAGCAAGCCAUAUCCUGCGAAAAGAACGCCCAAGAUUCCCACUAAUCAGAUCGGAGACAUUUUAAGCAGCAGCGACAAGGGACUCUUUGCCGAGUUUCAGAACAGGUUUCGCGAGACUAUGUUCUCCAAAAAGCCUGCUUUGGGGCAGGUCAAGGAAACCCACUCAAAGCCGGACUCUGUGACCAACUUGAGCCGUACUUUCGGCCGCACUUACGAUCUUGGGCCCAAAGAUUCCCUCUACUGUGUUGUACUUCCUCCGAAAUCCGCCGAGCAGGUCAACCGAGAGUUUGCCGAGUUCCACGAUAAACACAUCAUCAGUCACAAUCACUACUUCCCCUCGGAACAGAUCAAUCGACGAUACUCAAAGCCCUUUGGCAGGCUCAACACAUUUGGCCUACCAACCUCUGUAGAUCAUUCUGGUAUUAAAGUAAAACGCUGCUUGCAGGAAGGCGAGGAGCACUUGAUAAUAGUCAAGAAGCCCCAAAAGGAUUUAGACGAUCGCACAAAAGGUCCAUUGGGCAAAAAGUUCACAUGGUAUCCCUACCAGAUCCCUGAAAAUAUGACAUUUGGUCGCACGCUGCCCCGUGAUACCGAUGUGAGGUCCCUCCUAGAAAGUACCGCACCAUGCGUCGCCUCCGAGAAGUUGGCCAGAUCAAUUAGCCACCUGAACAUGCUGCGCAAGUUGCUCCAGGAGCGGGAUGACUUCAACAUGAACCAGGUUAUCAGCGCUCUUGGAAAUAAGGACCAUGAGGGCAAUGGCCAACUUCCUCUGAGCGAGGUCAUCCACGUCAUGCAUAGGCUGAACAUCCCGGCAAUUGCGGACAAAAUGCGCACCGCUGCCUCCCACUUCAAGUUGUUCGUGGACGAGGGAUGCUGCUCGGAACGCGUGAAGUACGUGGAUUUGUGCGACCUCCUCUCCAUACUAAAACCGCUGCCCUUGAUUGGAUCCAUUUCGCCCAUGCCGAAGAUUGUGUAUAACCAAGAAACCGCCUAUCGGCAGUUGUGCGCAGACCUGGCAACAAAACCACAGGAAGGUAGGAUCUACAAUCAUCCCCAAAAGAACCUCGCUCAGAAGGACGCGGAUGACACUCGUGUCAAGGAUGUUCUGAACCCAGACUUAUCUACCCUAUGUGGCCUGUGGGCGAGUGACUUUAAAGCAUUGCGUAGCAGGGACGAGGUGGAACGGAUAUUCAAGGACAUCCUCUCGAAAGAGGACUUCCAGUCGGUCUGGUUGAGUCUAAUGGCUGAGCAGAAGGAUCAGAAUGCUAUGGCAUCUGUUGCACAAUUCCGGGCUGAAAUGAAAAAGAUCAUUCGGUGAAGACUCCUUAGAUUAGAUGAAGAAUUAACAAAUUUUUGAUACUACUCAGAACAUUUGGUUCGGUUUAUAAGAGCAUGAUAUUUUUCAAAUCCUAUUAUAAAAGAGCAAACAAUUACUACUGCAA